AUGACUGAUCAAAGACCAAUUAUUCUUUGGGCUCAUCCGAGAUCACGUUCCACGGUUUUUGAACGACCAUUUCUUCAACUUAAUCAAGAAUUUUAUGUUGUUCAUGAACCUUUAGUCCCAAUAAGAGUUGCACAUUAUACAAAAAAUGAAAAAAUUCUAAAUAAAAUUCAACCACCUAAACCUACCGAUCCAAUUACUUUUCCUCAUCAUUUUACACCAACACUUAAUGAAAUAAUUAAACCACAUUAUUAUAAUGGAGAUCAAACAAAACCAUUAAGAGUAUUUGUAAAAGAUUUUGCAAGAGUUUAUUUUAAUGAAUCAAAAGGAAAUCCACUUCAAUCUAAAGAAGUACUUUCAAAAUUCAAACAUACAUUUUUAUUUCGUAAUCCUGAACAAUCAGUAAAAUCUUAUUAUAAAGCUGCAAAUGCAAGUAAUAAAGCUUGGGAUGAAGUUAAUGCACCUAAUUCUAAAAGAUUUGAAUUUUUUUCUGCUGAACUUAUUGGACUUAAAGAAUUGAGAGAUUUUUAUGAUUUAAUUAAAAAUGUAACUGGUGAAGAAAUCGCUUUAGUAGAUUCUGAUGAUUUGGUUCAAGAACCUGAAAAAAUUUUGAGAAAAUAUUGUGAAAUGGUUGGAGUUGAAUUUAAAAUCGAAAUGCUUGAAUGGAAAGCUGAAGAAGAAUUAAGAUUUUGGGAUGUAACCCUUCCAGAUAUUCAUUAUUUACCUGAUUUGUAUAAAAUAUGGCACAAGAAUGCGAUAAAACAUACAGGAUUUAAUGAAACAAAAAAAGAGGAAAAAGAAGAAAUCGAAUAUCCUCAAUAUGUUUAUGAUAUAAUAGCCGAAAAUAAACCUCAUUAUGAAUAUUUGUUACAAUAUAAAAUUAAUAUUUAA